AUGGCCGCCCUCUUCACCGGGAAGGUCCUGACGGUCAACCGGGAACGGGACGAGGUGGAGACGGAGCAGGAGCUGGGCCGGGCGUUGGAGAACAAGGUGCUGCUGCUCUACUUCGGGUCCGGGCAGUGCCCGCGGUGCCGGCAGUUCUCCCCGCUCCUCAAGGAUUUCUUCCUGCGCCUGACCGACGAGUUUUACGUGGAACGAGCUUCGCAGCUGGUCCUGGUGUACGUGUCCCGGGACGAGACGGAGGAGCAGCAGAGCGCUUUCCUGAGGUCCAUGCCGAAACGCUGGCUGGCCGUACCUUUCGGGGACGCCUUCAAAAGGGAGCUGGAGCUGCGGUUUGCCGUGUCCGAGGUGCCCGCGGUGGUGGUGCUGAAGCCAAACGGGGAGGUAAUCGUCGGAAACGCCGUGGAAGAGAUCCGGCGCGUGGGCCCCGCUUGCUUCCGAAACUGGCAGGAGGCUGCCCAGCUGGUAGACAGAAAUUUUCUCUUGGCAGAGGAUUUUGAUGACUGGACCUGGAGAAGCAUCACCGACCCCAUCCGCCGCCUCAAGUACAAGCUGGACAAGGAGACGGAAGCGAAGAACAAGGAGAGGAAAGAGGAAGGCGAAGAGUCGUCUUAGGGGCUCAGAGAGGCUGCGGCUGCGCGGGCUGACUUGGCCGGGGACGUCCCUCGGGUCGCUGCCCCCACCCGACAUCUCUGGAGCAGCAGCAUCUGUCUGUCUUGUAGAAGCCCACUAAAAUCACGUUAGUUUUCCCAGAAGGUGAAUUGUUUUAAGGCCAACGUGCUCUACGCCCAGGCACAGCCUCUCCUACCUGGUGGACUGGUUAGCGUAAUAAGGAUAUUCCGACCCUGACGGAAUUACAUUUCCUUUCUAUCACCCUAGGACCCAGCGUAGUAAAAAAUCUCACAGUGACAUCUUUGCCAUUUAUUUACCAAAAAAGUGAGAAGAAAAGUAACUGCUGGAGACCAGCACUCAGUGAAAUGUCUCACUAAACAGUUUUUAAAAUGGGAACUGCAUUAAAAAACAAACCAACCAACCCCGCAGCAUGCCCAAGCCUCCUACGGAGGUAUGGAGAAGCGGUGACAAACGGCAACAGGAACAGAAUCCCUACGAUUAGCCGAUACAGGGUUGGGUUUUUAGGAGACGGACACCCACGCGCUAAGCGAGCGAGUCCUGAGAAACCUCCCACGUUGCUGCUCACGUUACGCUGCUGAAAAUUGUCGUUUCGGACAAAUCCUGCUGAGGAGCAGGUUGCUCCACGACCGGAAUUACAACAUGCAGGAGCCGCCCCGGUGACCUGCCUCUACUUUAUCUGCUAAUCGCGGUUGCCAUCUGCCGCUGCAGAGUGCCCAGCGCCGCAGACGGCAGCGAUCCGCCGGGAAGCCGAGUCCCAUCCCGGGUGGAAGAUCUGCCCGUCCUAAACCUACCGCGGCAGGCAGCGGACUGGUAAACUGCCAGGGCAGCGCACAUCCUUAGUAAACAUCACUCCGCUUCGUCCUUCCGAAUUCAACAGAUUUGCACGAAGGCGACUCCGAACGGCUGAGGGGGACCACGCUCCGCAGCCAAACGUCUCGUUUACGGAGCCUGCAGGGACUCCUGCUGCGCGCAUCCCCCACUUUCCGUAACCAAGGGGUCUGAAAAGCAGGAGAAGGGGGAAAGGGACCAUUCGUUUGCUCGUGUCUGGUCCCCUGUUCUCCACUCUGUCACCAGGGGAUGAGCAGAGGAUUUCCAAAAGCUUUGCCGGAUCCGUGAAGGAUCUGGGAAGGAAAGCGCAUGUCGGUGACAGACAUAGAAGCCGUGCAAGGCCGGCUUGUUCAACUUGUUUUCUCAGUUAAUCCUCCCUCUCUUCACGCAGCAAGUCUGACAGGUAGAUGAGGGAAGGAGGAGAAGGCCUGUAAAACAAACGGUUGGGAGGGACUCUGCUUUAGGUGGAACGAGAAGGGCGCUUCCUUCAGGAUGCUCUGCACGGACACCGCGUGAAAAGGCACAAAUAAAACCCAAAAGCGCUUUCAGGUGACUUGCCUGCUGGAGGAGUUGAGGCUGUGCUGGCCGACGGUCACUGGCGGAACAAUACGCCAUCUACCUCGGGCGAUGUCCAGCAGUUAGUACGCCCCUAUUUAAAAAAGAAGUUAGAAAUCACAAAUUAGGAACCUGGAGCAAUGGGAGGGAGGCAAAGGGCAACAUUUUCACCUGUUAUUAACUGGCAGUCGGGUGCUUCUUCCCAUCCCCGUGGGACUUUGAUGUCAGUAAAAGGACGCUCUCCACCUGAAUUUACGUAAAGUUCAAUAAUAUUAAAUGUGGACUUUGACCAGCCCUACCCGUUUGGGUAUUUUUGACCAUCGUAUCUUCCUCUGUUCAAAACCAAAAGUUGCCCUUUUCUCGGUCGUUGCGUGGCCGAGGAAGGGACAUUGAGCGAUAGCGAAAAGCGAAUCUGCCGGCACAGGGCAGUGCCGCCGGGCUAACAUCAUCAUCACAGAAGAGAGA